AUGGCCGCGGUGCUCCCCGGGGGCAGCCGCUGGCACGCGCUGUUUGUGUGCUGCGUCUUUUGGGUGCUGGGCAUGCUGCGCCGCUCCAACCUGGUGCCGGGCGCGCUGUCCCUGUUCGGGCAGGAAAAGCACCUGACGCGCGCAGACAUCACGAUUGACGGGGCUUACUAUCUCGAUGACGCCGGGGCCCUGCGCUCUUUGUCGUUUGACGCUCUGGUCGCGGGCAUCAAGCACCUGGUGGCGGCGGUCGGUUUGGACCCGACCAGCUACUCCACUCACAGCCUUCGGCGCGGUGGCGCCACCUGGGCGUUUGAGCACAAGGUGCCCACGCUCCUCAUCAAAGCGACUGGGGACUGGAGCAGCAAUGCGUAUGAGCCGUACCUGACUCUGGGCCCGGGCGAGAAGCUGCAGUGCACGGGCGCCAUGCUGCGCGCGCUCUCGCGCUGA